AUGGUGGAGAUGGCUCGAAUCCUGGAUGCCUUCCAGGACGACCCUCGCCUACUUGUUGAGAUUGGCCUGACUGUAUCAGAAUUGGCGAGAGUCGAAGCUUCCCCACUCAGCCGAACUCUUGCUGCCGUACCACUCCAUCUGCUAUUCGAAGCCCUUACCCCGAAGCAAUGCGAGAUGAUGAUCGAUUCUGAAAAGCACGAACCUCUGGGAUGUGCCCUGCUGGAAAUACUGGCCUCCGAGUAUGUGUGGGCUGACCAGUUCGAUGAAGGAGAGGCGGCUCUCGAGGGCAAGUUGACUGAGGAACGCCAGGCGUACGUCCUUAGAGAGCGCGUCGCCUAUCGAGGUUUGAUGUCCACGGUGUGCUCAGCUAUGCAGUGGCGUGACCAGCAGUCAUCUCCCCUGCCUGGCUAUCAAGUCGCUGAGGGCGCUGCUCAGCCUGUUGUGGAAGGGGCCGCCAGAGACAGGACCACGGCGUUCUUGAAUGCGUUGAGGACAUCAACCACCUCUCUCGUUGGUGUAGUCUUUGGUGAGGCUGGCUGGAGAGCUGGAAUGGCUCUUCUCCGCCGUCUAGAGCUUAUACCCGAGGACGAAGUUGGCGAGCUUGUUCCACACUCAGCUGUUGGUGGACGGGCCGAGGUGGAAGCGAUGGGGUUGCCCCAGGACAUACCGCCCAUGGUCCGAGACUAUCUGCUGCGCCCUCCCGUGACCUACGACACUCUAUUGAUCGCAAAUGGCCUCAACGUACCUCCUAUUGGUGGAUAUGAGUUCAGGCGUCAUCCUUGGUUACUCAUGGAGGCCUUCACACAUGCCAGUGUUGCUGCUGUGAGUCCAUCUUACUCGAAUGAGCGUCUCGAGUGGAUCGGCGAUGCCGUCCUCGGGGCGGUGGUGUGGUCCAAGCUGUAUGAAGAAGGAAGAGCUACGCUCAGUUCCUUCAUCGACUAUACCUGCAACUUCCACUUGGCGAGGGUUGCCGUUCUCAAGUUGGGAGCGCAGAAUCGUAUCAACGUACUCUCAGUCGCGUUGCAAAGUGCCAUCGGCCGUUACGUCAGAGAGCUCCACCACGACGAGCAACCUGUUCCCAAGGGGCCCAAGGCCCUGGCCGACUGUGUUGAGGCUAUCAUUGGCGCCAUCUGGUUGGAUGCGGGUGGUUCAACUGGUGAGGGCUGGGAUGCGGCCGCAAGGUUCAUCAGAGAUAACGUCUUCUCCCUUGAGCUUGCCGAGAGGAGGCCAGCGCCGCGGGGGGGUCCAGGUGAUGACGGACCGCCUGAGGGGAGGAGGAGGAGAAGGGCCCGUCGGAGGCGUAUACCUGGUCUACAAGCUGAUGACUCCGGUGGGCAGACGCCGAGUACCCUCAAGUAG